AUGGCCAGGGCCACCUUCGCAGGUCACACCCCUCAGGAGGACACUGGGCGGCGCUCGCAAGCCUGUGACUUCCCGUCUGUCCCCCAGGAGGACAAGCCGGCUCGGGCCACCCCUGGGCCCAUGGGCACACCUGUGACAAGGUCCCCUGUGCCCCCAGGAGAGUGGUGGUCAGCCCAGAGCCUCCGCAGGCCCGGCCCUGCAGGAGGAGGACAGGAGAGGAGCACCCUCAGCACCGCUGAGGACCACCAGGGGCCCCGGGGCCGACCCCGGCCGCCGGCCACGCAGGCCUCCACGUCCCGCCUCCUGGUCGCCAGGCUGCUGUGGGCCGUCCUGCCCUUGGCCGCCUCGGGGAGCGCUCCGAGAGGAGGCUGGGACAGCCCCAACUGCACGGCGGGCGUGGUGUCGGUGUCCCGGGGCGAGCACGCCGAGCUGGCCUGCAGCAUGGCCAACCCCUUCUCCCACGUGCGCGUCUCCCUGCGAGCCCACCCCGGGGAGAGCUGGCAGCUGGUCUUCGACGAGCAGGCCCCGGGGAGCUUCUGCCGGGACGGGUGGCAGCUCUGGGUUCAGGGGAGCGAGGCACGGCUGGUGAUUGAAAAGGCCCAGGACGCCCAGGCGGGGACGUACAGGUGGAGUCUGGCGGGCCUGCAGCGGAGCUUCAGAACCACCGUCCUGAACGUCUUGGAACCCCAGGACCAGCUCUUCACGCCUUCCUGGGUGCCUAGGCCCAUCCUGUACACUUGUCUGCCUGCCACUCUCCCCCACGGGCAUCCCGCCAGAGGUGACAUCCCCCUGGAGGGUGCCCCCAAGGCGGGCAGAGGAUGGAGGCCUCGCCGCUGCCCGCAGGCCCCCAGAUGCUGCCCUCCAAGCCCACACCCAGUCCAGAGAAGAUCCCGGUCCAGCUGGCUUAUCUGGCCUUCAGCCCGGUGGCCAUCUUGUUCCUGCUGGUCUGGCUCCGAAGGCGUGCUUCCAGGAGGUGCUCCAAGGUCGCGCAGAGGUGUGGCAGUGCCCCCCGGCCGCGCCAUCGCUUUGGAAGGAGGUGCCAUCCACAUCACCUGCUCCAGCCGCGGGCCCCUGCUGGGCGUCUACCUGAAGCGAGUAUUGCCGAAGGCCAGCAACGUGAUCUACUACGAGGAAGGGAGGGAGGCCACCGUGGACGGGCGCUUCAGGGGCCGCGUCACCUUCUCAGGGCCGCAGCACAACCUGACAAUCAGCGUGCACAGCCUGCAGCUGCCCGACACGGGGGCCUACGCCUGCCAGGCCAUCAUGGACAGCGAGGUCUGGGGCCCCGGGACCCUGGUCGUGGUGACAGACAAACUGCCUCAAGCUGCGAACAGCUGCCGGGAGGCUCAGUGGACACACAUGGCCCUCUCUGCAGCCCUGGCUGCGGUCUGCUUCCUCGCCGGGCUGGGGCUGGGGGCAGUGUGUGCGCGCCGAGGGACACAGAUCCGCAGACUCUGCUGUGCGGGGGGCGAGAGCUCCGUGUGUGUGGUCUACGAGGACAUGUCCCUCAGCCGCAGCAACACCGUGUCCCUCCCCAGCCAGUUCCAGUGAGCCUGCAGCACUCAGCCUCCCGCUGCCUCCUCCCGGAAGCCCUCCUCGCCUGCGUCCCAGAGCCCACCUUGGAGCCCCCAGAAAGGAAGCCUCUCUGUCCUGCUGCUGCCCUGACCCUCGCACCACUGGGCGGGGGGCUGCUCUGUAGGACGACGGAGUUGGGCAGCUGGUGGGGAGGCGGGGGCGGGGGUGGCCCGGCCUUGCCAGAAAUAAAGGCUUCUCUUCUCCCCUU